AUGGCAGGAUCCGCCGUCAUGCUCGACGAUCCCGCCGCUUUCACGGGCCUUCUCACUAGAUGGGCGGUCCCGGAUGCAGUCAAGGACAAGCUUCAUGAUGCAGGCUACAACACCAUGGCCCUUCUGGCACAUGCGCUUCCGUCUUUGGAUGACCUCGAGGCCUUUGUUGAGUCUUUGCUAGGCAGAGCAGUGGGUGCGGACCCGACGGUCCCCAUUUUCUCUCCGGAGGCGGCUGCCCUUCGUCGUGUGCUUAAAGAAUGCAUCAACCUGGCAGGGCCGGCCGGUGCUUCGUCCCCGGCUGCACCGACCCCGGCAGCUGUGAGACCUAAACUGCAAGCUGCGGAUGUCCAAUCGCUUGUGGUGGAGUUCUCGCGCAAAUAUCCUUCGGAACUCCUUCGCCCGGAGGUCAUGCCAAGUCUGCCUUUCCUGAAUGCGGUCAAGGAUGCGGUCGACUCUAAGCAGCUCUCCUGGAUUUCAUGGCGACUUCGAACGAGUGAGUCAGAUGAACAGGCUCUCACCGAGCGUCGCAAACCGCGCACGGACUCGCAGAUGCUACAGUCACUGCUCGGUCCGGUCUCGGAUGAACUUGUGGUGGAUGUCCCGCAGCACCUCCCCCUUGAAUCGGUGAUUCGUCGCUACCCUGACCGCAUGUCUUAUGCCCUUGCGGUUCUGGAUGCGUGCCACUUGUUGACUCUGAAGAAACUCUCGGAGAAAUUUGUGAGCCUGGCGACGGCGACCCCGAUUGACCGUUCCCUGCGAGGACCCACGCUGGCAGAGGCUAUGGAUGCCGAUCGAGUGCUUUGGAGUGCCAUCUGCUCCUUGCAGAAGGAAUACGGGUGGUCUUUGCAGGAUUGUGUCUCUGAACUGACACAUGUACGAUCGGACCUUCACAACGCUUUGGCUCCGCGGCCGAAGGUGCACCAGGGUGGAGGUGAGCCUCGCGGCAAACGCCAGCGCACUGAACCGCCGCCCGCUCCGCAUCCAAAUCCUCGAGCCAAAGCCAAGAGCAAGGCCAAGCCACGCAAGAGUGGGGAUGCGGGUCCCUCCAAAGAUCGCGUCUCCAUCAGCAACUGGCCGAGCAAUUGGGCUCGCCAGAUCGGCGGGGCAGCGGUGGAGGAUGGCAUGGACCUUGAUCCCCCGCCUGAUUUUGCCCCUGUGGUCUCUGGGACCUCUCAGUCUGAUGCUGAGUCCUUUGCAGAUUCAAUUUUGUCCGGAUCAGUGGCCUUAUCGUGUACAAGCGUUGAGAGGCUCGCUGACCUUUUGCUGCAAGAAGCACCUGACCUUGACGAUCGGUUCUCUAGUGGGGCUUCUGUCUCGGCUGGUCUUUACCAUCGGAUCAAGGUUGGCCUGCGCAAGGUAUGCGGGUCACACCCUGCAUCGGUGCGAGUUCUGAAUUCGCUCAUUUCUUCAAUAUCACCGGGGUUUUUCCAUUCAUCUUUUGUCUUGAUCGACGGCAUUGCUUCAGAGGCGCACUGUGAUACAGCCAACUCGGACCUGCCCAAUGUGGUCAUUCCCAUCUCUUGUUUCUCCGGUGGUGAGUUGCGGGUUGCGCACCCCUCCGGGGCUGAUGUGAUGAUACAUGAUGGCGUCAAGCACCCGGCUGUCUCUCUGCCUGUGUGUCGCGGCCCGGUGAUCUUCACUGCAUCGUCUUGCCUUCAUGAAGUCCUGCCCUUUGAAGGUGCUUUGCCCAUUGCCCCUCGUGCUCUUGCACUCACUGAGGAGCAGCGGGAAUUGCUCCCACGGCCAAAUUCUGUCAGUGCGGUCGGUUCUGGCCACCAACUCCGGACAGGGAUUUGCCCUGACUUGCCCCAAUUGCCCGAUUCCGACUUUAUCUGCGACUGCAAUUCGGGGCGUUUCUUUCUGGAUAUCUGCUCCGGGGCCGGGGCUCCUGUCAGCGCGGCCAUGCAAACCUUGGGCAAGGACUGCUUCCAACCAGUGGACAUCAUUCAUUGCCAGGAUUUCGACCUUCUGGAUGAUGAAUUUUUCGCUCAACUCCUGGCGCUCUGCUCCAGCGGCGUGGUGGGAGCGGCCAUAGCGUCUCCGCCCUGCGGGGAAUUCAGCCUUCUCAAACUUCGACCGGGCGGACCACCCCCGUGCCGCACACCGGAGGAGCCGCUCGGGUGUAUUUCCAACGAUUGGCAUCAAUCUAUGGUGGCUCAGAACAGUGCUCUACUUCAUGAUCGAUGUCGGGAGCUUCUCUCCAGUGUCGCGGCUCUGGGAGGCUGCAUUGUUUUUGAACAGCCGCCAUCUUCCAUGACUUUUUUGACAGAGACAAUGCAACAGUGGAUUUCCAGCACACUUUCCUUCGGUGCCCAAGUUGCAGCCUGUCAUCACGGCAUGGAUGUGUCCAAGCGCUGGCUCUUCUUGUCCAACAGGCCGGGCAUACUCGACCUCGCGUCUGAGUGCCAUCACGGAUCACAGGCGCACAAGGCUGUGUGGGGGAUUCGAGCAGAUGAUGGAAGUUUCCUUAGCCGAAUGACGGCUGCGUACCCGGAAUCGCUGGCGGCCGCUUUGGCUGCGCUUCUGGGAAGGUACACUUCGUCUCAGGGCCGGCUGCUUCCAUGUGCAGAGCGGCGCUCUGUUCUCCCCCUGGACCCGUUUUGGCCUCAGCUGGGUCGCCGCAUUGAGGAUGGGGCAGGUGUCAAUAGUACAGCGUGCUGGAUUACUCCCCAAGCCGAUGACCACCUUGCAGGCCUUCGCAAGAAGUGGACGCAGCGUCUGGUCGGCGGUCGUCUCUGUCUCCGCAUCUGUUCCACGUUGCGAGCUGGUACCGAUUGUCCACCAAUCAGCGCGGAGGAGCUUCAGCCCUUUCUCGAUGACCUGUGUUGCUUUUGUGAGGUCCCUGCAACAGAGGUCGAGAAUUUUCUGUCGAUUCAACCGGGACAGCCUUUCCGCUUGAACGUCCUGGAGAAACUGCUGGCUGUUACUAAAGACCCUGAAUCGGAUCUAUGCCGGCAUCUCCGGAAAGGUGUGCGCAUUGGUGUGGACCACGAACUGCAGCCCUCGCCUCAUUGGCCACUUCGCACUGCAGAUCCGAUUGUGUCGGACCUCGUGAUUUGCGAAGGUUCUUGGAAAAGUGCCUCCGACCACCCGGAUCAGGUCCGGGAGCUCCUGGCCCAGGAAAUCGCUGAAGGCUGGAUAGUGGAGAGACCUUCGGUUCAAUACCUGCAUGAUCACUUCCCGGCGGUGGCUAUCGGCAAACUUGGACUGGUUCUGGCUGAAGGCAGGUCGCCUCGACUCACGGUCGACAGCUCGGUUAGUGGUGUCACGGCCGCUUGUCAGAUUCCAAAUCACAUGCUGCUGCCACGCAUAUCCGACGUUGAGGAUUGCGCUCCCUCCUGCCUAGGCCGCCAACCUUGGAUCACGGUUUCUUUGGAUGUGCGCAAGGCUCACCGCAUGGUCAUGGUGGAACACUGUGACCAGGCUUUGCUGGCCUUCACCUUCGAGGGACGCGUCUUUACGUCCAGCACCCUUAAUUUCGGGGCCAGAGCAUCCGCUUUUUGGUGGGCCAGAGUUGGUGGAGCCCUGAUUCGUCUGUCGCACGCAGCGAUCUGGCUUUCACAUCUGCUUUGGGGCUACGUGGACGAUUUUUUGGGAGGUUUUCGCGGCGAUGUGGCUCCGAUCUCUGCCUCCAUUUGGAUUCUCUUGCUCUUAGCACUGGGAGUACCACUUUCUUGGCCAAAGUGUGUCUGGUCGUCGGAGUGCAUUUGGAUUGGAUGGUCCAUCAAUCUUGAAAGCUGGGUUUGCGAGCUCCCGUCUGCGAAAAUUUCCAAAAUUCUUGAUCAAAUCGCUGAGCUACUUUCUGCUGGGGACAAGGUCAAGUUCAAAACUUUGGAAUCACUCAUUGGACGCCUCUUGUGGGUUACAGGCUUGUGGACGGUGCUUCGGCCUCUGCUGUCCCCAUUAUAUGCAGCUCUGCAGCGCUUACCAGCUUCUUCGGUUGGUGUCAGCCCUGAGCUGUGGGCUGCGAUCAAGCGCAACAUUGCGGAGGAUUGUGUGCUGAUCCGCUCGGUUGGGCAUCCGUCCUUCCAUAAAGGUGCUUGCAUCACUCGUGCGGCCAAUACUUUUGUGUCUUGCAAGCAGGAUCUUGAUCAGGUGCCAUUCAGGAAGCGCCGAUUGUGGGUCGAGGUUAAGGAUCCUGGGCAUCCGCUGCGAGUACUCGGGGAUGUCGGCAGGUCAAGCUUAAUUGCGUGGCGUGCCAUCUUCCAGGGAACCCCAAACUUGAAGGCGCUUCGCAGCCCACUCCCGCUGAAGGUCAUCGCGGAGGCGGAUGCCUUUGCCGAUGCGGAGGUGUCUGGAUUAGGAGGCUACGCCAUGUGGCCCAGUGGUCGCACUGUCUGGUUUUCCAUUAGAAAAGACAGUCAGGAGUGGGCUGCUCUCACUUCGUGGUUCCCUCCGCCCCUCCAGGCGCAUAUUUCGGCGUUGGAACUCCUGGCUCAAUUACUGCUGCUUUGGUGUGUCUUCGCCACUCUGCCUUCCAAUCGGGGACUAUGUCGGGCUUGCCUUCGUUCGGACAACUCCGGUGCAGAGGCAAGGGCCUUUCCUCGGUGCUGUCCAUGA